AUUUAUUUCUAAUUAUUACAAAUAAUAAUAGAAGGCGCACCAAUUCGGCGAUGCAAUAGCUCCAAAAAUCUUCGCGUAGCAACAACAAAUUAGUCAAGUGCAGUGCAAUAACCGAUGCAUUUCGGCCAAUCGUCGUCGUUGUCGUUGUCAUCGUGUGCGUGCGCGAGUGUGUGUGCUGUGUGUGUGUGUGUGCGUGUGUGGCGCAGUUCAUACAAGUUGGCCUGAAAAAAAGUGAAAGAAGCAAUAUCGCCAUAUUGUGGUGUCAAUACCGAUAAAGUGCACUAAAAUCCACAAAAAGUUUGUCAAUACAAUUGAAUUGACAGCUAACUUUGUGAAUUGCAGCCACUUACGUAAAUCAAAAAUUGACAGUACGCAAAUAAGAAAACAGAAUAACUACAAACUGCAAAAGACUCCGUUCCCUGGUGAAUUUUGUUGCUCGUUGCAAAUAGGAUUUUUCGAUUAGAGUAACCCGAGGGUUAGCUGGAGACAGCGCUGGCUGUCAACAAUCAAAGGAGAUUGCCGGUAAACGAAUGUCAGGCAAGCCAAACAGCUAGAGUCACCUCGAACCUGCACGCAUCCAGUAGCACAAUGGCGGUUAGCCGUGUACCCUCACCGCCCCUGCCGGAAGUAAAUACGCCCGUUGCCGAGAACUGGUGUUAUACGCAGGUCAAAGUUGUUAAAUUUAGUUAUAUGUGGACCAUAAAUAACUUUAGUUUUUGUCGGGAAGAGAUGGGUGAGGUACUCAAAUCGUCCACAUUCUCAGCCGGUGCUAAUGACAAACUAAAAUGGUGUUUACGGGUGAAUCCCAAGGGUCUAGAUGAGGAGAGCAAGGAUUACUUAUCAUUAUAUUUACUGUUAGUUUCGUGUAACAAAUCUGAAGUCAGAGCCAAGUUCAAAUUCUCCAUACUAAAUGCAAAACGUGAGGAAACCAAAGCAAUGGAAUCCCAGCGAGCUUACCGUUUCGUGCAGGGCAAAGAUUGGGGCUUUAAGAAGUUCAUACGCCGCGAUUUUCUCUUGGACGAGGCCAACGGUCUCCUGCCCGAGGAUAAGCUGACCAUAUUCUGUGAAGUCAGCGUCGUUGCGGACAGCGUGAACAUCUCCGGACAAUCCAAUAUUGUGCAGUUCAAAGUGCCCGAGUGCAAACUAUCCGAGGAUCUCGGCAAUCUCUUUGACAACGAGAAAUUCAGCGAUGUAACGCUCUCGGUCGGUGGCCGUGAGUUUCAAGCGCACAAGGCCAUUUUGGCAGCGCGCAGUGAUGUCUUUGCGGCCAUGUUUGAGCACGAGAUGGAGGAGCGUAAGCUGAAUCGUGUCGCCAUAACCGAUGUGGAUCACGAGGUUCUCAAAGAGAUGCUCCGAUUCAUAUAUACGGGCAAGGCGUCUAACCUAGAAAAAAUGGCUGAUGAUCUCUUAGCGGCUGCUGAUAAGUACGCACUCGAAAAGCUGAAAGUGAUGUGCGAAGAGGCGCUGUGCGUCAAUCUCUCUGUUGAAACAGCAGCCGAAACGUUAAUAUUAGCUGAUCUCCACAGUGCGGAUCAAUUGAAAGCACAAACGAUAGAUUUCAUUAAUACUCAUGCCACCGAUGUGAUGGAAACCUCUGGCUGGCAAAAUAUGAUCACAACACAUUCACAUUUGAUAGCGGAGGCAUUUCGUGCGCUCGCAACACAACAAAUCCCACCAAUUGGACCACCAAGGAAACGCGUGAAAAUGAGCUGAAACCAUAAUGCUGCAGCCAAUCAACACAAAACAGUAACAGCAACAGCAACACCAACAACAACAACCAAUUCAACAGCAACAGGCAACAACAAUAGAAGCAACAACAACAACAACAAUACCUACAACAGCAACAAUAAUAUUAACAACAAUUGUAACAUACAUUUUAACGGUUGCAAGAAGCACUGCAACAGAAGCGUUUCUUCCACAACAACAACAACAGCAGCAGCAGCAGCAAAGGCAACUAAUAAUAUCAAUAACAACAACAACAACAAUUGGCUUAAGCCAUCAAAAAUGGCGUUUAUUGUUUCAAUAUCGAGUAAUUUAAUUUUCAAAAACUUGAUAAAUGUAAUAUUCUUAUUUUGUUGAUUUAUGAUUACGAUUAAUGCUUAUUUCUAAGAUUUAAAACAAAACAGAAAACAAAAAAAAAACAAACAUAACAA